AUGUGUGGAAUUUUCGCGUGCCACCAUCACCCCGAUGUGCAGCAGUUCAAGCCCACGGCUUUGCGCAUGGCCAAGGCUGUGCGCCACCGUGGUCCCGAUUGGAGCGGCAACUUCUGCGCUGAGAGCACUAUCCUGGCGCACGAGCGUCUGAGCAUCGUCGGCGUCGACUCCGGUGCCCAGCCCCUUGUCAACGAGGACAGCAGCCUCGCCCUCGCCGUCAAUGGCGAGAUCUACAACCACCGUCUUCUGCGAAAGAGCCUUCACACCAAGUACAACUUCAAGACGCACUCUGAUUGCGAAGUUAUCAUUCCCUUGUACAUGGAGCACGGUCUCGAUGCCCCCAAGCACCUCGAUGGCAUGUUCUCCUGGGUUCUGUGGGACAAGAAGCAGGACCGUGUGAUUGCCGCCCGUGAUCCCAUUGGUAUUACCAGCUUCUACCUUGGUCGCUCUUCGUCCACCCCCGGUGCCGUCUACUUCGCCUCCGAGCUCAAGUGCCUGCACCCUGUCUGCGACGACAUCAUUGCCUUCCCUCCCGGGCACGUCUACGACUCCAAGACUGACAAGCUGACCCGCUACUUCGAGCCCAAGUGGUGGGACCCUACCAACGUCCCCUCUACCCCUGUCGACUACAAGGUCGUCCGCCACAGCCUCGAGAAGGCCGUCCGCAAGCGUCUGAUGGCUGAGGUUCCCUACGGUGUUCUGCUGUCUGGUGGCUUCCCGCGCUGCGCCCCCUCCAACGCCGAGAGCGAGUUGGUUGGCAUUGAUGAUGAGAACGAGCUUUCUACUGUCACUACUUUCCAGCAGCUUCACUCGUUCUCCAUUGGUCUCCCCGGUGCCCCCGAUACCGAGGCUGCCCUUGAGGUGGCCCGUUUCCUCGGCACCAAGCACCACCCCUUCACCUUCACUGUUCAAGACGGCCUUGACGCCCUCUCUGAUGUGAUCUACCACCUGGAGACCUACGAUGUCACGACCAUCCGUGCCUCCACCCCUAUGUACCUGCUUUCCCGGAAGAUCAAGGCCAUGGGUGUCAAGAUGGUUCUCAGUGGUGAGGGUUCCGACGAGAUCUUCGGUGGUUACCUCUACUUCCACGCUGCCCCCAACAAGGAGGAGCUCCAUAAGGAGACUGUCCGCCGUGUGAAGAACUUGCACCUGGCUGACUGCCUCCGUGCCAACAAGUCCACCUCCGCCUGGGGUCUUGAGGCCCGUGUGCCCUUCCUCGACAAGGAGUUCCUCGAGACCUGCAUGGGUGUUGACCCCCAGGACAAGAUGAUCACCAAGGACCGCAUUGAAAAGCACAUGCUGCGCAAGGCCUUUGACACCACCGAUGAGCCCGAGACCGCUGCCUACUUGCCCGAUAAGAUUCUCUGGCGCCAGAAGGAGCAGUUCAGUGACGGCGUUGGCUACAGCUGGAUUGAUGGCCUGAAGGAUGAGGCCGAGCGCCAGGUUACCGAUGAGAUGAUGAAGAACCCUAAGCCCGAAUGGGGCACCGAUGUUCCCGACACCAAGGAGGCAUACUGGUACCGUACCAUGUUCGAUGAGCACUUCCCUCCCUACUGUGCCGGCACAGUCGAGCGCUGGACCCCUACCUGGUCCAAGCAGACUGAUCCCAGUGGAAGAGCCAUCUCCAUCCACAACCAGAAGUAUGACGAGACGAAGUAA